UUCGAAGGUGAACCGAGUAAGUUUAUUAUAUAAAGUGAAGCGAAUUCAGAAAGAAAUAGAAAAACUUAAGAAAUACACAAACAAAGAGAAGUUGAACAAGUAUGUGAACAAUAUAUUUGAGUUACCCAAUAUGAAAAAAACCUCAAGUGAUGGAAGUGGAUGUGAACAAAAACAGUCGAAUUCAUCCAUGGAGAGAGAAGAGAAUUUCAAGGAAGAUACAUGUAAUACAAGGCUGCAGGAGAUAAUAUCUGAGCAGAGCAUUGUGAUUACUCAUUUGAGGAGGGAAAAUGCAGGUCUCAAAGACAGAAUAAGGUCUUUUAAUGUAAAAAAUACAAACAGAAAAAUAAAAAAACAAACAGAAAAAAUAAAAAAAUUAGAAAAUGUCAUAAAAAAAUGAAGAAAAAAGAAAAUGUUCAAAAAAAUGACAAAAGUGUACAGUGUAAUAGCAUAAAAAAUGUGAUUGCUCAGUUAAAAACUGAAAUUGAUUAUUUGCUGUCUCAGAAAGAAAAUGAAAAUGUUGAUGAUUUUGUACAUGUAAAAAAAAAUGUUGAUUUUAGGGAGAGUGGGAAAGGGAAGCCAUAUAAUUUUAAAUUAAGAAACUUAUACUACAAUUUUAGAAGCAGAAACAUAGGUUUGGUUCAUAUUGGACCAAUAAUUCAAUGUGUUUUAGAUUUAUUUGAUAUCAAUGUUGAAAAUCUUCCCUCCAAAAGUACAGCAGCAAUUUUUACAAGUGAAAUGGGUGUUGUGUCCAGAAAUCAAAUUAAUGAAGAAAUGAAAAAUAAUUGUAACAUAACAAUGCAUAGAGACGCUACUACAAAAAAGGGAAAACAUUUUUAUGGAGUUCAAUUUAAUACUGGUGAGAAAGUUUUGUCUGCAGGUGUGAGAGAGGUGUGUGAUUGAAAGGGUGAGACUUAUGUCGAUGUAACGAGAGAAAUUUUAUGUGAUAUAUCGCAGAAAGAGGGUGAGAGUGAGAAUAUUUUAAAUAACGUUUCAUGUUUUAUGACUGACAGGUGUGCGACUGAGCAGAAAGUUAAUGAUAUUUUAGCUAGAGACAUUGAUCAUGCUGUACAUUCUUUUAAAUGUUCUGUUCACCCCCUUUUACAGUUUUCUGAUGUAUGCAUUGAAGAGAUUUUUAAUAUUGAGCAAGAGUUGUGUUUUAAAUUUCCUGGCUAUACCCAUUCUUUAAGAGAGCCUUUUAUUUUGUUUCUUUUAAAAUCUGUGUCAAAAUUAUUUUACAAAGAUGGGACAGGUGACCCAAAUAUUUUACAGGUUUACAUGAAAAACCAUGGUGUGGAAAAUAUUCCCAUUGUAAAUAUUAGAGGUAACCGUUUUAAUGUUUUAUUUUAUAAUGCUGCUGGUACUUUUUUUAUGCAUAAACAUAUAUUGCAGUAUUUUUAUUCUUUGAAAAGUUCUUACAAUUUUAUUCAGAAUUUUAUUGUUUUAUGCUUGCAAAACAAAACAUUUUUAACUCUACUGAGAGCUCUGGGUAUUAUUUGUAAAAUUAUUACUGAACCAUAUUUUGUUAAAGCUACAGAAGUUGGAAACAUUUUACUUAUGGGCAGUGUAUUCCAGAGACUUUUAUAUGUUUUAGAUUUAUUGGUAGAAAACCCUAUUUUAGCAUUGAAUAACGAAGUUUCACUUUUUUAUGGUCCUUGUUUUUAUGAUGGUGUCUUUGAUUUUUUACUUAAAACUUCGCUUAACAACGAUCUUACUUGUGUUUUUAUAAAAUGUUUAUGUUCUGUUUUAAAAAGCAAAGUUUCAAAAUUGUUUUAUGAAUUUUUAAAAGGAGGGAAAUAUUUUAAUGUUCAUCAAGGUGAUUUACCUGAAUGUAACUCAUGUUCAACUAAUAAUAUCUGUUUAGAAAGACUUAUGGGUCGAUUGGAUUUUAAACUUAAAGCAGCUUCUACCUCAACUGUCAACAGCAUAGAAAGCUGUAUUUUAUAUUCCAACAACAAAACAGAAAAUUGGCUUAAAGAUAAAGAUCCGAAAGAGCAGCAAGAAAUUAUAGACAGUGCAAGAUCACAAAAUCGAGUUUUUAUGAAAAAGGACAGAGAGAGACAAGAGGAACUUUUUAUUAAACAAACGAAGAUUUUAGAACAAAAAGAGAAUGAAGCAAAGAGAAAGAAGGAGAGAAAAGUUAAUCAAAUAGACAAGGCAAUAGAGGACAUGAGAACAGUAGGAUUGUGGGAGAGUGAAGAAAAGAUCAAGGAGGAGGUGGAAAAAUUGAGAACCAAAAAGGAGAAAAUGGAAAGCCUAAAAAAACAAAUAAACAUAUACAAAAAAGUGUUCGAGAUUGACAAAAAUUUUAAAGAACUUUUACAAUUCUCAUCAAAAGGCAAAAUAUAUGACAUAAGCAAAUUACAACAAAAUCUUACAAAACUAAUAAUGUUAAGAAGAAAUACACCGAAAUACAAAGCAAGUGAUUUAGUGGGCAAAGCCAUCAUACAUACAUGGACACUGGAGAAUGGAGAAAAUAAAGAGUAUGAAGGAGAGAUAAGAGGAUUCGAAGAUGGUGUUUUCAAAGUUGUGUACUGGGAUGAUAAAGAGAAGAAGGAAGGCAAUGAGUUUGAACUAACAGAGAGAGAGAUUAAUAUUGACAUACAAGAAGGAAAUCUUUUUAUAAAAGAUACAACCAACCUGGAUCACUGUUAUUCAACAUUUUGAAAAAGACUAUAAGUACAGACGGUAAGAGUUAUCUUUCAUUUUAUUCAUUUUCUUGGUUGGGAGAAAGUUAGAGUUAUUGCCCUUUGGUACAAUAGUCUUUACUCUGCUAUUAGUGAUUAUAGCAAGUUAAUUAUUCAUAACCAAGGAACCAAUGAAAUGUGUUUUAUAUAUAGCCAUGUUUUGAAGGUCAAGACCUAUUGGUAUUAUUUUCAAAUCUGAGUUCU